UCAAACGUAAGAGUGAUAUAACAAGUGUUGACGUGGAGAGGUGUGUCCUGCAUGGCAUACAGUGAAAAUGGAAAAUGAUGAGAAACCUGUUGAAGUAGGUGACAAAAAUGUAGGGAAGAAAAAACCUGAUCAAGUUAAUGGGGACUCAGCCUGUCAGAAAGAACCGAGCUGGACCAACCGGUUAAAAACUGGUGGUUUGAUUGCAACCGGAGCUGUUGGAAGCGUAGCUGUGGCUACUGCAGUUGCUCCAGCUCUGGGAUUUACUGCAGCUGGUAUUGCAGCUGGUAGCAUUGCAUCUGGUAUGAUGUCAACAGCUGCUACAACUGGUGUGGGUAUGGGCAUUGUCUCUACAUUACAGUCUGUUGGAGUCCUAGGAUUUGGAACUGCUGCUAAAGUUCUGAUAGCCUCUGGCGGUGCAGUUGCUGUAAAUAAAAUUAUGGGAAAUAAAAUUAACGGAGUUGGUGAAUCCCCUGAAGACCCAAGUAAUCCAUCAGUGUCUUGUGUGCCGAAUAAGAAUAGUAAUAAUGUUUCUAAGGAUGACAUUACAAAGUUAAGUGAUCAGAAUAUAAAUAAGCAGGGUACCAAUUGUGAAACCCAUAAUACAGAAAAUGAACAGAAUCGACAAACAUCCUUGCAAUACAUAACAAACAUAGCUCUGCUGCCAUUUGGGGGUAUAGCUUCUGUUUAUAGAGUUGUGGCAAGUAGAGUGAUGGGAACUGGUCAAUCUGCUGAUGAGAAUUUCCAGAAAAAAUAG